AUGCUCUCUGUUUUCCACCAGGCCCAGACAAGCGAUUGGCCAAGGCCGGUCCCGUGACCAUGAAUUCCCUGCAAUUUCGCCGGCGUCCUGGGUUUAAUAGAGAGAGUCUCCAUACGCUUGUAUUUAUCAGCAAUAUACAAUUAUAAAGACCCUAAAUUAAAAAAAAAAGAAAGAGCAAAAUCUUCCCCUCCCCAAAUAGCUCCAUCACAUAAACCUGGGGGGGGCAGGAGGGGGGGUCCCUUCCGAUCCUCCCUCCUGACGCCCCCCCUGCAGGCCCCCUCCCCCACCAUUGAAAGCCAUGAAUUUUGAAUUUGAGAGGGAGAUUGGGUUUAUAAACAGCCAGCCAUCGCUCGCCGAGUGUCUGACUUCCUUCCCCGCUGUCUUGGAGACAUUUCAAACUUCAUCAAUCAAGGAGUCGACAUUAAUUCCUCCUCCUCCUCCUUUCGAGCAAACCUUCCCCAGCCUCCAGCCCGGCGCCUCCACCCUUCAGAGACCCGGGAGCCAAAAGCUAGCCGAAGAUGGGCCCGCUCUGCCGCCGCCGCCGCUCCCCGCCGCUCCCCUGGCCCCCGAGUUCCCCUGGAUGAAAGAGAAGAAAUCCGCCAAGAAACCCAGCCAAUCCGCCACGUCUCCCCCGGCCACCUCCUCCGUCCCGGCCUCCGGGGUCGGAUCACCCGCAGAUGGCCCGGGGCCGCCGGAGGCCGCGGGCGGCGGGGCGCGCAGGCUGCGCACGGCUUACACCAACACGCAGCUGCUCGAACUGGAGAAGGAAUUCCACUUCAAUAAGUACCUGUGCCGGCCGCGCCGCGUGGAGAUCGCGGCCCUGUUGGACCUCACCGAGAGGCAGGUCAAAGUGUGGUUCCAGAAUCGUCGCAUGAAACACAAGCGGCAGACGCAGCACCGAGAGCCGCCCGACGGGGAGCCGGCCUGCCCCGCCGCCCCGAAGGACACCAGCGAGCUCACCGAGGAGCCCGUGGCCAGUCCGGGCCGCCCCUCCGCCUCGCGGGCGGCGCGAGAAGCCUGCUGUCACCCGCCCGAGGUCGCACCGGGGUCCCCGGACCCCCGGCCUUUGGCCGCUGGCGUGGAGGGCGCGGGCGCGCGGAGCCCCGGAGGCGCGCUGCGCGGGGCCGGAGGGCGGGAGCCCGAGCCCUUGUCGGAAGACGCCUUCCCGGAGCGGCAGGAUUCGCCCAUCCUGCCCGACCUCAACUUCUUCGCGGCCGACUCCUGUCUCCAGCUGUCAGGGGGCCUCUCCCCCAGCCUCCAGGGCUCGCUCGAAAGCCUGGUUCCCUUUUCCGAGGAAGAGCUGGACUUCUUCACCAGCACCCUCUGUGCCAUCGACCUGCAGUUCCCCUAAUAACCCGCUUCCUCCCCUAUGGCCCUCGACCCCAGCCCUCUUCAGCUGCCUAUGGGAAACCCGAGGAUCCCCCUCCCCAAGCCGUAUAGACUUCUUUAUCUGUUUUGCUAAAAUUCAGGUAUUACUGAAUUAGCAUUUAAUCCUCUUCUUUUCUUCUCUCUCUAAAAUAUCGGGCACUUGGGCAUUUUUU